GAUACACCAGCUUCUUCACAGAGCCACUUCACUGAGAGCAGAGAGACCUCCCAGAAAGCAGAAACCAGCACCGUCCCAGGAGUGAGCACAUCAGCUCCUUCAUCCUCACCGAGUGGAACCAUCAUUACUUCACAUGGUCCUCAGGAGACACCCUAUUCAGCUGCGACCACCACUUCACCCAACCCUAGUGUCAGCCACACAUAUCUGUCAACAUCACAAAUGACCACAGCCCCCCCUUCAACAUCCACUGCUCUUGGGAAAACAGAGGACAGUUCACUGUCUGGAGCUACAACUCCUACCGCAGUCACCACAGCAGUCUCACAGACAACUGAGGGAAAUGGAAACACAACAGCAUCCUCUUUCAGCACCUCCACUCAGGAUACACCAGCUUCUUCACAGAGCUACUUCACUGAGAGCAGAGAGACCUCCCAGAAAGCAGAAACCAGCACCGUCCCAGGAGUGAGCACAUCAGCUCCUUCAUCCUCACCGAGUGGAACCAUUGCCAAUUCCCAUGGUGCUCAGGAGACACCCUAUUCAGCUGCGACCACCACUUCACCCAACCCUAGUGUCAGCCACACAUAUCUGUCAACAUCACAAAUGACCACAGCCCCCCCUUCAACAUCCACUGCUCUUGGGAAAACAGAGGACAGUUCACUGUCUGGAGCUACAACUCCUACCGCAGUCACCACAGCAGUCUCACAGACAACUGAGGGAAAUGGAAACACAACAGCAUCCUCUUUCAGCACCUCCACUCAGGAUACACCAGCUUCUUCACAGAGCCACUUCACUGAGAGCAGAGAGACCUCCCAGAAAGCAGAAACCAGCACCGUCCCAGGAGUGAGCACAUCAGCUCCUUCAUCCUCACCGAGUGGAACCAUCAUUACUUCACAUGGUCCUCAGGAGACACCCUAUUCAGCUGCGACCACCACUUCACCCAACCCUAGUGUCAGCCACACAUAUCUGUCAACAUCACAAAUGACCACAGCCCCCCCUUCAACAUCCACUGCUCUUGGGAAAACAGAGGACAAGGACAGUUCACUGUCUGGAGCUACAACUCCUACCGCAGUCACCACAGCAGUCUCACAGACAACUGAGGGAAAUGGAAACACAACAGCAUCCUCUUUCAGCACCUCCACUCAGGAUACACCAGCUUCUUCACAGAGCCACUUCACUGAGAGCAGAGAGACCUCCCAGAAAGCAGAAACCAGCACCGUCCCAGGAGUGAGCACAUCAGCUCCUUCAUCCUCACCGAGUGGAACCAUCAUUACUUCACAUGGUCCUCAGGAGACACCCUAUUCAGCUGCGACCACCACUUCACCCAACCCUAGUGUCAGCCACACAUAUCUGUCAACAUCACAAAUGACCACAGCCCCCCCUUCAACAUCCACUGCUCUUGGGAAAACAGAGGACAGUUCACUGUCUGGAGCUACAACCCCUACCGCAGUCACCACAGCAGUCUCACAGACAACUGAGGGAAAUGGAAACACAACAGCAUCCUCUUUCAGCACCUCCACUCAGGAUACACCAGCUUCUUCACAGAGCCACUUCACUGAGAGCAGAGAGACCUCCCAGAAAGCAGAAGCCAGCACCGUCCCAGGAGUGAGCACAUCAGCUCCUUCAUCCUCACCGAGUGGAACCAUCAUUACUUCACAUGGUCCUCAGGAGACACCCUAUUCAGCUGCGACCACCACUUCACCCAACCCUAGUGUCAGCCACACAUAUCUGUCAACAUCACAAAUGACCACAGCCCCCCCUUCAACAUCCACUGGUCUUGGGAAAACAGAGGACAGUUCACUGUCUGGAGCUACAACUCCUACCGCAGUCACCACAGCAGUCUCACAGACAACUGAGGGAAAUGGAAACACAACAGCAUCCUCUUUCAGCACCUCCACUCAGGAUACCCCAGCUUCUUCACAGAGCCACUUCACUGAGAGCAGAGAGACCUCUAAGAAAGGGGACACCAGUAUGGUGACAGGAGUCAGCACAAUAGCCCCUUCAUCCUCACCCAGCGGAAACAAUGUUACUUUACCUGUUACUCAGGGGACCUCCUAUUCAGCCCCUGGCCCUGUAGUCACCUGGAACUCCACCACCACAUUCACAGAUCAUCCCACACUCCUGUCUGAUAUCAGCACUUUCUCACCAUCCACAGUACGCUCAAGCUCCACUGUGAAGACUGAGACAUCAGGAGCAAUCACAACCUCACUGAGGACAGACAGUGAGAGAAGCACAGCAACAUCACUACCCUCAACAACUUCCCAGACCCUUAUAACCUCAACUCCCAGCACAUCCACAGGCACACACUCAACAGUUACCCCAGUCCCUAUCAAUUCUGAGAAAGGUGUUUCCCUCUUCCCCUAUGGGCCACAUGUUGGAGACCAGGAGUUUGUCAGGAGGAGAGCAGACUUCACCUCGCCGCUCUUCAAGCCCCAGAUUGGCUUCCCUUUUGGCUCCUCUCUCCGAGAUUUCCUCUACUUCACAGAUAAUGGUCAGAUCAUUUUCCCGGAAUCAGAGUACCAGAUUUUCGCCUACCCCAUCCCUCCCCUUAGAGGUUUCACACACAGGGACAAGCUGGCCAUUGUGGCUCCAUUCUGGGACGAUGCUGAUUUCUCCAACCACAAGGGAACCAUAUUUUACCAGGAAUAUGAGACUCUCUAUGAUGACUACAAACCACUUGUAGUCCAGCAGGUGGAAUCUUGGAUUGAAAAGUUUACAAACACCUGGAACUACAAAGCCAGGUGGACCCUAAAGGUCACAUGGGUCAAUGCCUCUGCCUAUCCUGCCCAGUGGACCUAUGGGACCAGCACCUACCAGGCCAUCCUUUCCACAGAUGGAAGCAGAUCCUUCACCCUGUUUCUCUACCAAAGUGGUGGGAUGCAGUGGGAUGUGACCCAGCACCCAGGCAAUUGGGUCCUCAUGGGCUUCUCCAGUGGAGAUGGGUAUUAUAAAAACAGCCCACUGACACUCCAGCCAGCAUGGGAGAAGUAUCGUCCAGACCAAUUCUUGAAUUCCAACUCAGGCCCCAAGGGGCUACAGGUCUAUAAUCUACACAGUAGAGAAAGACCCAACUACCGUCUCAGGUGCCUGCAGCGGUUGAAGAUACAGCCUCAGUUGCCCAGCUUGGGCUGGGACCACAUCUCCUGCCCUUGCUCUUGGCAGCAGGGACUAUGGGACUUACGGUUCCAGCCCAUCCACAUAGGUUGGUGGGGCCUCAGCAGCAGGCAGCUGUGCAGCUUCUCCUCCUGGCGUGGGGGCGUGUGUUGCAGCUACGGGCCAUGGGGAGAGCUUCUCCAAAGCUGGAGAGUGCAGAGUCUUUGGCAGCUUGAGCAAGAACUGGAGCUGCAGGACUGGUGCUGCCGUGGGACUGACCAUUCCUCCUUCUGCACCCUGUACCACCAAAGGCAGCCCCGCAUCAGCUGUGCUUGGUACCAGCCCCCAAGGCCCGCCUGGAUGUUUGGGGACCCCCACAUCACCACCUUGGAUGGUGCCAAUUAUACCUUCAACGGGCUGGGGGACUUUCUGCUAGUCCAUGCCAGGGAUGGAAACUCCUCCUUCCUGCUUCAGGGCCGCACUGCCCAGACCGGCUCAGCCCGGGCUACCAACUUCAUUGCCUUUGCUGCUCAAUACAAUACCAGCAGCCUGGCUCCCAUCACGAUUCAGUGGCUUCUUGAGCCCAAUGACAGAGUCCACGUGUGGCUCAAUAAUCAGACUGUGACCUUUGAAGAUGGCGAAGACCAGGAAAUCUUCAAUACCACUGGAGUUGUAAUGAACCGCAAUGGCUCCCUGGUGUCAGCCAGCAUAGAUGGGACAGUGAUCGUCUCAGUGAUUGCUCUCUCCAACAUCCUUCAUGCCUCCUGCAGCCUCCCAGAAGAGUACCGAAACCAUACAGAGGGCCUCCUGGGGGUGUGGAACGACUCUCCAGGUGAUGACUUCAAGAUGCCCAAUGGCACUGUUAUUCCCCAAGGGAGCCCUGAAGAGGAACUUUUUCACUAUGGAAUGACCUGGGAAAUCAAUGGAACAAGCCUCCUUGGCAAGAGGGACAACCACCUGCCUUCCAACUUCACCCCGGUCUUCUUUGACAAUCUGUUCCAAAACAGCUCCUUGACCUCCGGGUGUAAUGGAGACAAACAAUGUAUCUAUGACACCCUGGCCACAGGAAACACAGAGACUGGACUGCAUACUGAGAUGCUCUUGAAAAGAUACCAGGAGAUGAACAACACCCUCAAUCAGUACCCGCCCUCUAUAGAUGGUUCCCAAGAGUUGAAAGCCUACAUGGGGAGCACCGAGCUGAUUCACUACAAAAGCAAGUCUAAGGAUGUCAUAUUCACUCUCAGAAACAACAACACUGAUGACUUCAAGCUUUUUGAGAAUGGAACAUUGCUAUGGACACCAAGCUUGCUGAAACCAUUCACUCUGGAGAUUCUAGCAAGAAGUGCCAGGGACAACUUAUCAUCUUUACUCCAGCCGAAGACCGUGGUCUGUGCUUGUAAGGAAAAGAAACAGUGCUUAUACAACCAGACCAGAUGGGUGGGCAAUUCCUCCCUGGAGGUGGCCGGUUGCAAGUGUGACAACAACAAUUUUGGUCACUACUGUGAACGUUCCAAGGACCUCUGUGAUGAGCAGUGCUUCCCAAAUGUGAAGUGCAUCCCUGGGCAGGGCUGCGAGGCUUGUCCUUCAAACCUAACUGGGGAUGGACGUCACUGUGCACCUCUGCAAUACUAUGAACUCUGUCAGAAUACGUCCUGCCCUGUGAAUUACUGCUACAACCAAGGCCACUGCUACAUCUCCCAGACUCUGGGCUGCCAGCCCACCUGCACCUGCCCCCCAGCCUUUACAGAUGCCCGCUGCUUCCUGGCUGGGAACAAUUUCACUCCAACCCUCAAGUCAGAGCUUCCAUUAAGAACCAUCCAGAUCUUUCUCAGUGAAGAAGAAAAUGCCUCUGCAGAAGAGGUCAACGCCUCGGUGGCCUAUAGACUGGAGAGGCUGGAUGUACGGGCCUUUGUACUGAACAGUGAAGUGGAAAAUAUUGGUCGUCCAGUAGCGCUGACCUCAGGAAAAUCCCUUCAACAAUGGAGGGUCGUAUCGAAGUUCCAGUACCGCCUUUGGGGUCCUGUCAUCGACUUCCUGAACACCCGGCUGCUGGAUGCAGUGGUGGAGGCAUUUUUACUACAGGCCCCGCGAGGGCGUUGGAAGAGAAGUGAGGGACCCAGGAACAACGUGGUCUUCAACACCAUCUCCAGAAGAGAUGUGCACAGUUUGAGAGCCUGGAACGUGAGCACACUGCGGACUUACUUAAAAUGCAGUGGCUACAAGGGCUACAAACUGGUCUACAGCCCGCAGGGCGGCUUCACCUGCAUGUCCCCCUGCAGCGAGGGCUACUGUGAGCACGGAGGCCAGUGCCAGCACCUGCCGGAUGGGCCCCACUGCAGCUGUGUGCCCUUCUCCAUCUACAUGCCCUGGGGCGAGCACUGUGAGCAGCUGAGCAUGAAACUCGGCGCCUUCUUCGGGAUUCUCUUUGGGGCCCUGGGCGCCCUCUUACUACUUGGGGCCGUAGCAUUUGUGGUCCUGCACUUCUGGCGCUCCCGGAUCCAGUACUCCUACCCCCUGGACUCAGAAAGCUGAAGCCUCGCCCCCCAGGGGGAUAACUGUGCCUUAAGAUACCUCAAGACCCUCCCCAGCCUCACCUGCAUACUUCCAGGAGCCUUUCCUUUGGACAGAUUGGAAAAACGAAGAUGACUGAAGGUCAUUAAGGAUUCUUCAAGGAGAAUGAAUAAUGGGAAUGAAUAAUGAUAAAGAGGAGCACAGCUUAUCAGUAGACACAGAGGUGAACUGGAAGAGACUGUAAAGAUCUACAUAAACCAAUGGAUUCUCACAAGAACACUGAUACACACACACACACACACACACACACACACACGAGUUAAUAAUGGGGUGAUGGCUCCAACUUAAAAACCAAAAUGCAUUUGCACAUAAAACUCUCCAGUUUACAUCUAAGUAAAGUCUAUUUAAAUAAAAUCUCUCUGACUUACUGUG